AUGACGUUUUCGGUUAUUAAUGUUGUUUGGCUGUGUAGCAACAUGAUCUUAAUGUCGAUUGAAGUAUAUAGCUAGAUUGUGUACCUCAACAGCAGUAUCGAAAAGAGACGAUUUUUUUCUCUCGCUGCAGAGAACUACUUUUGUGUUUAGGUGAUAAGAAAAUGGAAGAAAGAAAGUUUGAAAAGUUAUGUGUAGCUUGUAACAGAAUGCAAUCUUUGUCGCAAACAUCCUGUGAAUGUGGUCACGUGAUGAAGGAUGCUGUUAGCAUGCAAGCUGAUAACACACGUAAACGUCGCGCGCCAUAUCGUGCUAAUUCCGUAAGCUCAGAAUGGAUAGGACAUCACUCUCAAACCACAUUCUCUAUUAAAAAGAAGAAGCAAUUUGAUGAUGAAACUGAUGAAAAUAAUAACGCAAAUACAUUUAUAAGAUCAAAAAAAAUCAAGAAACGUAAGCAAAAGCAAAGACGACAUAAACAAAAAUCUGUUUUCGCAGAACAACAAUGCAUGGACACACUGUCAACUGUAAAUGAUGAAAAAAGAAACGAAAUAAAAGAAAUCCUAAACCUUAUUGAAAACUCUUAUCAAAAUAUAUACUUCGAUCGAUGCAAGAGUUACAGAAAAAUGAAAAUUACAGACUUCGAUUUUCAGUUUGAUUUUACAACAUUUGAUAGCCACGCGCCCUUUUAUCCAACUGCAUUGGAGGAUAUCAACUCAAAGAUCAAUCGAACGAAAGUUUUCUAUAAAAUCAUAAGCGAGUGAAAACUACUUGAUCAAUUUUAAGUUCGAUUUUAUAACAUUUGAUAGUAAUGAGCUGUUUUAUUCAACUGCAUUGGAGAAUAUCAACUUAAAGAUCUAAUAAAAAUCAUAAUCAAGUGAAAGUUUUUUCAUCGAUUUAUCUUUUGUAAAUACGAAUUAGCGAGAAUAUACUACAACGACAGAAAUGA